CAGAAGAGAAGACCGCAUAUAACGCAUUCUAGCGUAUUAUUUUGUAAUUUGUAUUUACCAAUUUACCCUUGAAUUAAAAGAUAAAGUAAGUGGACCGUAGAAACAAUGGGAGUUAUUAGGAAAACAUUAAACUGGUACGCCAGAUUAAGUCCUAGUCGUGGUAAAACAUCACCUCCAUAUGAGCAUGUCGUUCAAAUUGGAGAUCCUAGGUUACGUAAAACUUCAGAACCAGUACCGAUAGAUAAAAUAAAAACGAGUGAAGUACAAAAAGUGAUAAAAACACUGGAAUAUGUUGUAAAUAAAUACGGCAGUGUUGGUAUGUCGGCACCACAAAUCGGUAUAAAUAUGAGGAUAUUUGUAAUGAAACUAACAGCACAACAAGUAUCAACAUUUCCCGCAGAAAUUGUUAAAAUGAGGGGUAUGAGCGUUGUACCUUUGACUACUUUCGUAAAUCCUACACUGAAAGUGGUUGACUAUAUAAAAGUAGUACAUCCAGAAGGCUGUGAAAGUGUCAGGUCUUUCUCUGCUGAAGUUGCAAGAUAUAAAAAAGUUCAGAUUUCAGGCUAUGAUCAAAAUGGGGAUCCAUUACAAAGAACAUACUCAGAUUGGGCGGCGAGGAUAGCUCAGCAUGAGAUAGACCACUUGGAUGGGAAGCUGUACACAGAUAUCAUGGACAGGAAGACAAUGUGCUGUGUUUGCUGGGAGGAGGUCAACUUGUCCAAGGGAAAAGUUGCAAUACCUUUUGCUCCAGAAUAAUUAACCAAGGAUAACUGUUUUACAUUUUAUUUUAAACCUAACUUAAUAUCAUUAAAUUAUAUUCUACCAAGAUUAGUUCCUCAUGGAAACUUUUUGUGCAA